AAGGCACGCUGCUCUUCCCCCUACCUCUGCGCCACCAGAAGGCAGAACGGCAAGCGCUGCAGCUGCACACUCUCUGCCUCUCCAUCGAGCCCUCCCAUCGCACAGACGUCUAUUCUCUCUCCUCGCCCCACCUCCUCUCUCGUCCUCAUCACUGCUCCAGUGCUUCAGCUGCUCAAAGUCACAGCCCAACAGGAGAGAGAGUGGCCUGUGCGUCAGCGAUGUCAGCCUCAGCGCUCGAGGGAGAGAAACAGGUGGGAGAGCGGUUCAUUACUUGCUCAAAGUAAAGUAAAGCAGCUCCGAGGUCCGAGGUCCGAGCUGAAGUUGGUUUCGGUUCUUCCCGCUGAAUCUUUCUUCCCAAAACCCCGGCUGAUUCCAGCCGGCCGAAGAGCCUUUCCGCCAAAAGACAGUUUUCCUUUUUUUUUUGGAGUUUUGCUGGGCUGCUUCACACCAGAAAAGCCUCGAUUCCUCCGGGCGUCAUGGCGGCGCCCAGGCGGCGCACGUCGGCGGAGCUCCAAAUGAACGGCGGCCUAAUGCCGCCGUCGGCGCACGUGAUCCCUUCUUCCCGCGGCGGCGGCGGCGGUGGUGCGCCCAGCCGGGAGGACCACCCGGUGACCACGAACGGCGGCGGCCCGGCGCACCGGGCAGCGAAGCCAAGAGGCGGCGGCAGCAGCGUAUGCUCCGCCACCAAGGUCUCCGGCAGGAGGCGGCCGGCGGGGCGCAUGCCACUAUGGCGAGUCUUCAUCUUUGCGUCUGUCGCAUUGAACGUCGCCGCACUGCCGCUCCUACUCCACCAGUACAUCGUCAACCAGCCGCACCAUCCCGGUGUCGUCUCUCCUGAUCAGCAGCGCCACGCCUGCGCCCCGCAGCCGGGCACAAGCGGCGCGGCGGCGAGGGCGCCGUCGACCGGGAAGCCUUCAGUAACCUCCGAUUCUGUUAUUAAUCUAGACCACGGGGACCCGACCAUGUUUGAGGCCUUCUGGCGGGAGACCGGCGACGCGGCGGAGCUGGUCAUCCCGGGGUGGCAAACCAUGAGCUACUUCUCAGACGUGGGUAACGUAUGCUGGUUCAUGGAGCCUCUGUUCGACCAGCAGGUGCGGCGGCUCCACCGCACCGUCGGCAACGCCGCCGUGGACGGCUACCACGUCCUCGUCGGCACCGGCUCCACGCAGCUCUUCAUGGCGGCGCUCUACGCCCUGUCGCCGGCCGACGCCGACCAGCCCACCAGCGUCGUCUCCACGGCGCCCUACUACUCGUCGUACCCUGCCGUGACGGACUUCCUCCGGUCCGGGCUCUUCCGGUGGGCCGGCGACGCCAACUCUUUCGUCGGUGACUCCUACAUCGAGCUGGUGUGCUCCCCGAACAACCCCGACGGCGCCAUCCGCGACGCCGUGCUGAGCUCCGGCGCCGGGAAGGCGGUCCACGACCUCGCCUACUACUGGCCGCAGUACACGCCCAUCACCCGACGGGCCGACCACGACAUCAUGCUCUUCACCGUGUCCAAGAGCACCGGCCACGCCGGCACGAGGAUCGGGUGGGCGCUGGUGAAGGACCGGGAGGUGGCGCGGCGGAUGACCAAGUUCGUGGAGCUCAACACCAUCGGCGUGUCGAAAGACUCGCAGCUGCGCGCCGCCAAGGUGCUCGGCGCGGUCUCCGACGGGUACGACGUCGGCGGCGGCGGCGCCUCGCGCCACCGGCUGUUCGACUUCGGGCGGCGCAAGAUGGUGGAGCGCUGGAGGAUGCUGCGCGAGGCCGCCGCCGCCUCCGGCGCCUUCAGCCUGCCCGCGGAGACAUCCGGCCAAUGCAACUUCGCCAACGAGACGGCCGCCAAUAACCCUGCGUUCGCAUGGCUGCGGUGCGACAGGGAGGACGUGGAGGACUGCGCGGGGUUCCUCCGCGGGCACAAGAUCCUGACGAGGAGCGGGAACCAGUUCGGGGCGGACCCCAGGUACGUCCGGGUCAGCAUGCUCGACAGGGACGACGCGUACGACAUCUUCAUCAGCCGCCUCGCCUCUCUCAAAUGACAGAGUCGUGCCAUGCGCACGACAAAAAUUGCACGAUUCACACACGAAAAGUAGAUCCAGCCGGAGAUGCAUAUGACCGAAGAGCAACUCUAGCAUCGUCCGUGGAGCAGUUUCAAAUGGCAAAUGAAGACCGCCGCCGCGACGUCUACGACGGUGGCUCGCCGCGGCGUCCUUCGUCAUGCCGCUCCUGAGGCUGAGCAUCAGUAGUAGUAGAAUAGUCCGGGUAGGAGGAAGAGGACAAAUGAUUUGUUUUGGUUUUCGAUCCGCGUUCUCUGUUUUUUUUUUUUUUUGAAUCUGAUCCGUGGUCUGUUAUUGAGCGUUGGUCUUGUUGUCUCAAGUUCAGUUCUUAUUUAUUUCGUUAUGAAAGAAGAUUUUUAUAUGAACUUAAUAAGAGCAACUCUAGCAGGUGUUGUCGUUGUUGCA